AUGUCUGAACUUCUACUAAAUGGCAUUUUUUUAAAAAAAUUAUUUCAGUGGCCAUACUGCAAGAGAAGAUGUCCAUAUUGUAAUUAUAAUAAAUAUAUAUGUAAAGAAGUUGAUGAAGAAAGAAUGAAAAAAUGUUUGAUUCAAGAAUUAGAGACUUUGGUACAUAAAAGUUGUGUUGAAAACAUAACAACGUUAUUUUUUGGUGGAGGCACACCAAGUCUAGCUAGUCCAAACACUAUAAAUAGUGUAAUAGAAAAAGCCAAAAGUGUUGGGAACCUAACUUCUUCAGCUGAAAUAACUAUAGAAGUCAACCCUACAGAAAUAGAGGCUAAGAAGUUGAAAGAGUUUAAAGAUGCUGGUAUCAAUAGAAUGUCAAUUGGAUUACAGAGUUUAAAUUUAAGAGAUUUGAUAUUUCUGGGAAGAGAUCACAGUGUUGAGGAUGGUUUGAGGUGUUUAUCAGAAGCAAGAUCCUUACUACCAGGACAAGUAUCUGUUGACAUAAUGUUUGGUCGACCAAAUCAAACAAUGGCACAAUGGGUUGAAGAACUGGAACAGUUACUAUCAGUUUGUGACAACCAUAUAUCUUUGUAUCAGUUAACUGUAGAACGUGGUACUGAACUAUAUAAACAAGUUAAAUCAGAUAAAGUGCUAUUACCAUCUAAUAAUGAAAUGGCUAAUCUAUAUAAAUGUGCUGUAAAGUUAUUGGAAGGAAGAGGUUUUGAGCAUUAUGAAGUUUCUAACUAUGCAAAAGAUGCGUGUUACAGUCACCAUAAUUUAACAUAUUGGACUGGAGGUGAUUAUAUAGGUAUUGGUCCAGGAGCUCAUGGUAGAUUAACAGUUAAAGAUAAUGGAAAAUAUAUAAGGGAGGCUAGAACUCAAACAUUAGAACCAUAUAACUGGAUGUACGCAGUAGAGAAAUAUGGUCAUGGUACUACAAGAAGUGUUAAACAGGGUAUUUAUGAUAGGUGUGUAGAGACACUUUCAAGUAGUUUAAGAACAAAAUGGGGAAUAUCACAUCCAAACUGGAGGAAAGUGAAUCCUAUUGGUUUAAGUAAAUUGUUUGGAUCAUCAGAUACUAUCAAUCUGCUACAAUCUUCAGAUUUAUUAAUCUUAGAUAAAAGAGGUUUACGAGCUACAGAGAAAGGUUUAAUUGUUCUGGACAGUUUGCUUGUGGAACUAGUUUCAGUAUUACAUGAAUCACUGAAUAAGUAA